AUGACUGACAAAUAUUAUGAUCACGGAAUUAUAGCACGUAUUACAGAUGUUGUUAAUGAACCACGAACAAUGUUAACACCGCUUCGCGGUUAUGCACAGUUACCAUUGAUAUCAUUGGAAGACUCUGUAGAAUCAAUUCAAGAUAUUUUACCCGAUAUUCGACAACAAGCAUGGACAGCUAAAGAACGUUGCUCAUUAUCGUCUACUCAAGAUAAUCUCUCUCAUGAUGAAUCAGCAGCUAUUCUUCUUUAUACAAUGGAAUGGGAACCUCAAGAUCAAAGUGUGUAUUUUGUUCUCAAUCGAUUACUUCGUUCAGAAGAUCGUCGUCGAGUCAAACCGUUUUAUUCAUAUUUGAAACUACUUUUAACAGCACUUUGGAAGCUACCUCCAGUUUGUCGUACUGUCUUUCGUGGGGUUAAUACAAAUUUGGAGGACGCAUAUGUCAAAAAUCAAAGCUAUACAUGGUGGGGAUUCUCAUCCACCACAGAGACAUUGGACAAAACAGAAGAAUUUUUGGGUACGAAAGGUAAUCUUCGAACAUUGUUUGCAAUUGAAUGUACAAAUGGAAGACAAAUUAACAGACAUUCAUAUUUCAAGACAGAAAAUGAAGUUCUUCUUCCUCCAGCUACACAUUUUCAAGUUGUUAGUAAAAUAAAUCCAUCAAAAGACUUACACAUAAUACAACUAAAAGAGAUAAAACCGAAAUUUCCCUUGUUAGAACCACCAUUCACAUCUUCAACAAUUUUACCAGUUACUCACGUCAGUUAUCCGCUACACAAAACAGUAUCGAACAAAGAUAACCCAAAUGUCACUGACGAUACAGAAAAUGAAACAGUACCGAAAGUAACCCAAAUGAUACCUGUAAUAGCAAACACAGGAUUACUGAAAGAACACCAAUAUGCCACAGUUAUCGCCAACGCAGAACAAAAUUCGUUGCCCGGUAAUAACAAACUACAUCAAGAUCAAGAACUAUUUAUCGGUGGAACACUUUUGAAUGAUAAACAACAUCAGCUAACACUGAAUCACUUUUAUAGAAAAAAAAAUCAACGAUGGCACUUGAUUUACAAAGCCACACGAGAUGGCUUUGCUACGAAAAACUUCCACCAAAGCUGCGACGAAAAAGGCCCAACGAUGACAAUUGUUCAAUCUGCAGAAGACAAACAUCUCUUCGGAGGCUAUACAAAUAUUCCUUGGACCUC